GGAUUUAUGAAAUACGCAAAUUUUCCCAACCUACUUGGGGCUAUCGAUGGGAAACAUAUUAGAGUUAUAAAACCUCAACAUAGUGGAUCAGAGUAUUUUAAUUAUAAAAAAUAUUUUUCCAUCGUAUUGCUUGCAAUAUGUGACCCAAAUUACAGAUUCAUCGAUAUAGAUGUUGGAUGCUAUGGAAAGGCGGCAGACUCAACAAUAAAUGAAUGUAGUGAAUGGACCAAAAAGAUAAGGCAAGGAAAUUAUAAUAUACCAAAUGCGAGACCAAUAUCUAAUAAUGGAGUGCCAAUACCAUUUACGUUUGUUGGAGAUGAAGGCUUUGCAUUAUCUCAACAUUUACAGAGACCUUACGCUGGAAAAAUCUUGCCACGAGAAAAAAGAAUAUAUAAUUACCGCUUGACACGUGCCAGACGAUACACUGAAUGUACAUUUGGUAUAUUAAGCAACAAAUUUAAAAUCUUUAAUCGACCACUGAACGUUAGCGUGGACUUCAGUGUGGCUAUCUUUACGGCGAUGUUUUAUGUGUAGUCCUAAAACAAAUACAUUAUUUUUUAAAUAAAUAUAAUAAAUCUUACCUGCCAGGUUUUUUUCCUUACUGGGUUUUUCAUGGAAAUUGUUAUAAAAAAUUUGGCACAAUUCAUCCCAAGCAUUUCUUUUUAACACUUUGUUUGAAUAUUCGGGCAGUAGUGAAUUCCAUGUAGUGGGACGAUUGUUUAUUUCUGUUAUGAAGCGGUCGGUGUCGAAGGGUUCCAUUUUAAACCAAAUACACGCGCAGCACACAAUAAACAAUUAUUGCAACUGAGGCGCGGGCGGUGAAGUGGUGGCGUGAGCGCUCCCCCCCCUGCCCCUACUCCGCUCCUUUGUACGCGCGUUUGUAUCGCUUCAAACGCGCGUAUACGCGCUUCAUGCGCGCGCUUGUAUCAUCAAUGCAAACGCAACAAUCAGCGUCUACGGCGCCGAAGAUGCGCGUUCCUGAAACGCGCGUCUCCUGCGCGUUUUAAAUACGCCGUGUGCUAUGGGCCUUAGACCGGGUACACAUUUGUUGCUCGGCGUUGUUAUGGGCGCGCGCUUGUAGCAUACAUACAGCGCGCUUAGCACGGCGUUUAACGAGCGUUACCAAGGUGUCCAUACUACUAGUUCAGUUCGGAAAUGGACUUUGAAGUGAUCGCUUGUGUGUGGCUUCUAUACCGUCGCUAUAAAAGACGACGGCAGAGGCAAAGGGAAUAUUGGGUGCACCCAAUAUUACGAGAUAGACUGACGCAUGGAAUGUUUGUAACAUUGUAUCCAAAAUUAAGGCAAUAUGAACCUAAGUUUUUUAAUUAUUUUAGAAUGUCCAUAAAAUCAUUUGAUGACUUACUCCAUGUUAUUAAAGUAGAUAUUACUGGUGAUAACGUUAAGGUAAGUAUAUUUGUUUAUUCAAAUAAAUCUAAGUUGUCUGAAUCUUGGCUGGAGGCUGAACGUGACGGUGACCAUGAUGACGGCGGUGGUGGCGGCGUGGUAGACCACUGUUGUGUUGUUGAGGGUCUAGCAGUAGUAUAUCCAGAAUAUGUCGGUGUAGAAUAUGUGUAUUGGUGAUGAUUAGUUUCUAGUGGUAAUGAUUGAUGAUUAUUCUGUGCUUCUUUAAUGACAUUGAGUAAUUCAAUCUUUGUAGUUAAGCGUCGAUUUUCGGGCAAUUUUUUUAAUUCACUGUACAAUGAUAAACAAUAGUUUAUCAUCGUCUUCUUUAGUUAGUCGCCCCAUUUCAUUUUGUUCCCUUGCAUUUAAACUUUUCUGUAAAAUGUCGACUAUUUGUUUAUCUACAGCAUUUAUUUUCUGUCUUUUCCUUGGGCCUUCCAUUUGAUCUUUAGGAGGUGGCAUCAAGUCUGCAUUGUCUAUAAUAUUAUCUACAUCUGAACCAGUUGUGCCAGAAGAUUGGUAAUUGCUCUCUGUGUCGUUAUAUGCUGUAGAAUUCGGAAGAAAUUGUAAUUUCCUGUAAUACACAUAUGGCGUAUGUUUGGAAGAUCCAGAUCCAGAUGGAAGCUUUUUUUGCCUCUUAGACUCCCUAAGAUAAUUGUCCCGAAUGCUUUUCCAUUUUUUCAUAAGUGUACCACCUGAAAAUAAACAAUAACCAUUUUUAUUUUGACAGAUACUUUGCCACAGGCUGCUCUUUCGCUGAUUUGCAUUACGGAUACCGUCUUGGAAAAUCGACAAUUAUAAAGAUAGUGGAACAAGUUUGUAAAGUACUAUGGAGCAAAUUGAAGUUUACAUCUAUGCCUGAAAUGACAACAGAAAAGUGGAAAGAAGUAGUAGAAGGUUUUAAGAAAUACGCUAACUUCCCAAAUUGUAUUGGUGCGAUUGACGGGAAACAUAUUGAGCUAAUACAACCAGAACAUACAGGGUCGCUUUUUUAUAAUUAUAAAACAUACUUCUCAUCAGUCUUACUAGCAGUUUGUGAUGCAAAUUAUUGUUUUGUAUACGUUGAUGUCGGAUCCUAUGGCAAAACCAGUGAUUCUGCUAUUUUUAAAAAUUCCGAAUUUUUUAAACGGAUUGUGAAUAAUAAGUUAAACAUUCCUAACCCCAAGCCUAUAUCAAAUAUCGAUAGAACUCCAUUGCCUCAUGUGUUCGUCGGCGAUGAAGCAUUUGGAAUUAUGUCGAAUGUGAUGCGGUCGUAUGGAGGAACACAACUCACACACACAAAAAAAGUUUUCAAUUACAGGUUAUCGAGAGCAAGGCGCUAUAUUGAAUGUACUUUCGGAAUAAUGAGCAAUAAAUGGCGAAUAUUUCAUAGACCGAUAGAUGUAAACAUAGAUUUCGCGGAGGGUAUCAUCAAAGCUUGCACAGUACUACAUAAUUACGUUCGAAUGCGCGAUGGUUACAGAUAUGAAGAUACACUUUAUGUUUCACCUCUACAAUCUAUACAUUUAGAAAAUUUACCACGAGGCAGCUUAUGUGCUAGAACAGCAAGAGAAAAAUUUGCCAAUUAUUUUGUGAUUGAGGGAAAAUUACAGUGGCAAAACAACAUGAUAUAAUUAUAGAAAACAUCAAUAAAUAAUUAUACUCACCC